AUGUCGGCGACGGGGCCCAUCAGUAACUAUUACGUGGACUCGCUCAUCUCGCACGACAAUGAAGACCUCCUAGCGUCCAGGUUUCCGGCCACGGGGGCUCACCCCGCCGCCGCCAGACCCAGCGGCUUGGUGCCGGACUGUAGCGAUUUUCCGUCCUGUAGCUUCGCGCCCAAGCCGGCCGUGUUCAGCACGUCGUGGGCGCCCGUGCCCUCGCAGUCGUCCGUGGUGUACCACCCGUACGGCCCCCAGCCCCACCUCGGCGCCGACACGCGCUACAUGCGGACUUGGCUCGAGCCGCUGUCCGGCGCCGUCUCCUUCCCCAGCUUCCCAGCCGGGGGCCGUCACUACGCCCUCAAGCCCGACGCCUACCCCGGCCGCCGCGCCGACUGCGGCCCGGCCGACGGCCGCAGCUACCCGGACUACAUGUACGGCUCGCCCGGGGAGCUGCGCGACCGCGCCCCGCAGACCCUGCCCUCGCCCGAGGCGGACGCCCUCGCCGGCAGCAAGCACAAAGAGGAGAAGGCCGACCUGGACCCCAGCAACCCCGUGGCCAACUGGAUCCACGCUCGUUCCACAAGGAAGAAGCGCUGCCCCUACACCAAGUACCAGACGCUGGAACUGGAGAAGGAGUUUCUCUUCAAUAUGUAUUUAACCAGGGACCGUCGGUAUGAGGUGGCCCGGGUUCUCAACCUCACCGAGCGGCAGGUCAAAAUCUGGUUUCAGAACCGAAGGAUGAAGAUGAAAAAGAUGAAUAAAGAGAAAACCGACAAGGAGCAAUCCUAA